AUGCGACUGGUGAUUGUCUUCCUCUUGUCUGCCCUGCUUCCACUCUCUCUCUCCCAUGGACGGGACCCCUUCGCUUGGUUAUACGGCUGGCAGAGCCAAGGAUACUAUUUUGGCUCCCUACAGGCAGACACCACAGGAGGAGAGUGUCCCGAUGUGUGUGACUGCCCCCCCUCCUUCCCUACUGCCAUGUACUGUGAUGGGCGGGGUCUGACAGCCAUGCCAACAAUUCCCUCGCGUGUCAAAUACUUGUACCUCCAAAACAAUGCAAUCACAGCUAUGCCCGACUCGGCCAUGAUCAAUGCAACCAAUCUGGUGUGGCUCAUGAUGCACCACAACCAGCUGACAUCUGAAGCCAUUGGUAAAAAGGCAUUUCUGAAGUUGGAGGGAUUAGAGCGUUUAUAUCUACAACACAACAAUUUGAACAGCAUUCCUCCCAACCUCCCUCGCUCCCUGCGGGACCUGAGAAUCAAUCAUAACAAGAUUGAAAAGGUAACACCGGCAGACCUAGAGGGAAUGGAUAACCUCACUAUCCUGUAUCUCCAUGACAAUGCUGUCACAGACAUGAGCACAUCACUGAAGGCUCUGAAGUCUCUCACGCUGCUGGACAUCAGUGGCAACAAGCUGACAAAGGUCCCAGAGGCUCUCCCUGAACAUCUGCACCAGCUCUACCUAGAGUCCAACUCCAUUGACUCUCUACCAGAUGGCUUCCUGGGCCGUUUCACACAGCUGCAGUAUGUUAGGAUGGCCCAUAACCAGCUAACAGACAAGGGUAUCCCUCCCAACACCUUUAAUGUGACUGGGCUGGUGGAGCUGGACCUGAGCUUCAACAAACUAGAGAGAAUCCCUCCAGUCAGCACCACUCUGCAACAUCUCUAUUUGCAAGCCAACCAGAUCAAAGAGUUCACUCUGGGUAGCUUCUGCAGCAUUGUGGAUGUGAUGAAUUUCUCCAAACUGCGGACACUGCGACUGGACGGGAACGAGAUCAGUCGUCAGGACAUCCCCUCAGAUUCAUCCCUGUGCCUGCGGCUGGCUUCCACCAUUGAAGUCUAA